AUGAAAGUCGACGACCAAGAUUAUGAAGAAGAAGAUUUCGAUUCGCCUGAUGAAUCCGAUGAUUUUGAACAGAUCGACGAUGUUCGCGAAAUCUGUGAUCAAGUUGUUUGGAAUGUUAUGAAAAAUGAUUCUCAAGUAUAUACACUAACAACUUUUUUACAUACGAAUAAAAUCAUCUGUUCAUUGAGUGGCACUGAUCUCAAUACAAAUAUAAUCAUGUCUAUGAGCAUUGUAUGUUAUUCUUCUUCAUCUCUAACGGUUUGUCUUAUCGAUUAGUACUCGACUUUUGCUUUGGAAAUGAUAUAUGCGGCAAACAAGGUUAUUGUAUCAAUAGUCCAUCGAGUUUCAAAUGUUCGUGUUCGUUCUUGUACGAUGGUAUUCUUUGUGAAAAAAGUAAGAGAAUCGAUUUCUUCUUCUUCGUAGCAAAAGAAUUGAAAAACGGUUUUCCUAUGCCAGUACUGGAGAAUUGAGUCUAAUAUAUAUACGAAAGAAAGUGAAGUGGUCAGAAAUUUGCUAAACAAGGGCGAGAGUACACACACAAGAUACUCACUUAUACCUGCACGUACACUCUCGA